AUGGCAUUCCUUGAAAAUCUCCCACUCAGCAAGGAUGUCUGUCAAUUUUCCGAACUCCACAACCAUCAUGCCGGGCUAAGCCAUCCUGCAUCGAUAACCAUCGCACACUCCCCAGUUCCGGUGUUGUCGCAAUCCAAACCAUGUUGUUUCAAUGACCUCCUUUACCCUAGUUCCUUUCAUGCCGAAAGAAUGCGAAUGGAGAAUUACAAAGGAGCAGUGGACGUCAAACUACUGAGUCGACAUGAGCGAAUGGCCCUACACGACUUCGACUGCGCCCAGAUAAAGUCAACCAUGGCGACUCUGUCCAAUUUUACCCGUGUACGAAUGACAGCAGCCGUCCAAUAA